CAAAUGUAGGCUUAAUCUACCCAACUCCAACUAGCAGGCCCAAAACCGUUGCCAACUAUAGAGCGUUCGUCCCCCCUCGGCCCUCCCCUCUGUGUGCGCCUGUGAAUGUGAUUAGAAAAGAACAGAAAAUGGUCGCAUCGGCAUCUCCACAGAAUUGAAUUCUCUCCUGCGACCUGCGAGACUCAUUUUUCUAACUACCCUCUUUCUUUCUCCGUCACUAUCACUCUCUUUCCCCGGACUAAAGUAAAGGAGAUACAUGGCCCGAACUAAGAGAAAGCGUGGCCGAAAGCCCAAGAACGCAACUGACGAAGAAACCGCGUCCCAAGACUACAGCACCGCCUCUAAAAACGGCGCCAACGAGCCCAGCGACCCGGAUUCCCAGGAACCCCGUCGCGGCCGCCCCAAGAAGAUCAUGGUGGCGUCGCUGGAGCGCUGCAGCUCUCGGCUGGCCGAUUCGAAAGGCGAUUGCACGGCGGCGGUGAAGGUGGUGCCGUCGAUGGAAGCAGUGGUGAAGGUCUUCUGCGUCCACACGGAACCGAAUUUCUCGCUGCCGUGGCAGCGGAAGAGGCAGUAUAGCUCGAGCAGCAGCGGGCUCAUCGUUGGGGGACGGAGGGUUCUCACAAACGCGCAUUCUGUUGAGCAUCACACACAAGUCAAACUCAAGAAACGCGGCUCUGAUACCAAAUACUUGGCCACCGUCCUCGCCAUCGGGACCGAGUGUGAUAUCGCAAUGUUGACGGUGAGUGAUGAUGAAUUCUGGGAGGGAGUUUCGCCUGUGGAAUUUGGCGAUUUGCCUGCUCUGCAAGAUGCUGUAACUGUUGUGGGAUAUCCAAUUGGGGGUGACACAAUCUCUGUGACAAGUGGUGUUGUUUCACGCAUGGAGAUACUCUCUUAUGUUCAUGGUUCAACGGAACUUCUGGGACUGCAGAUAGAUGCUGCGAUAAAUUCUGGGAAUUCUGGUGGACCUGCUUUCAAUGAUAAGGGAAAAUGCGUUGGGAUUGCAUUCCAGUCUCUUAAACAUGAAGAUGUGGAGAAUAUAGGAUAUGUAAUACCCACCCCAGUUAUCCUACAUUUUAUCCGAGACUAUGAAAAGAAUGGGGCAUAUACAGGAUUUCCAAUCCUUGGAGUUGAGUGGCAGAAGAUGGAAAAUCCUGAUUUACGAAUGUCAAUGGGCAUGGGACCAGAUCAAAAAGGUGUGCGUAUCAGAAGAAUUGAACCCACUGCUCCAGAAUCUCAUGUUCUGAAGCCAUCUGAUGUAAUUCUCAGCUUUGAUGGGGUCAAUAUUUCGAAUGAUGGAACAGUUCCAUUCAGGCAUGGGGAGCGCAUUGGUUUCAGUUACCUUGUCUCUCAAAAGUACACUGGGGAUAGAGCUCUAGUAAAGGUUUUCCGGAAUUUACAGAUACUUGAAUUUAACGUAAAACUUGCAACUCAUAAGCGGCUUGUUCCAGCACACAUCAAAGGCAGGCCUCCUUCUUAUUACAUCAUUGCUGGAUUUGUUUUUACUGCUGUUUCUGUCCCCUAUCUUCGUUCUGAGUAUGGUAAAGAUUAUGAAUUUGAUGCUCCGGUUAAGCUUCUGGAAAAACAUCUACAUUCUAUGGCACAGUCUGUUGAUGAGCAGCUUGUUGUUGUUUCUCAGGUUCUUGUGUCUGACAUCAAUAUUGGAUAUGAGGAGAUAGUUAACACUCAGGUUCUUGCUUUCAACGAUAAACCUGUGAAGAAUCUGAAGAGCUUGGCCAACAUAGUUGAGAGCUGUGAUGAUGAUUAUCUAAAGUUUGAUCUGGAAUACCAACAGAAGGUAGUGUUGAAGACUAGCACUGCUAAGGCCGCAACCUUAGACAUCCUCACCACACAUUGUAUACCUUCUGCGAUGUCUGAUGACCUGAAGACAUAAAAAGUUUUGGUGAAAGUUAUUUAAAUUACUCCCAUUGGCCUCAUCUUAAUUUUUUUUUAAGUGUUAUUACACCUAGUUCACUAUAAGAUUGCGGUACUAUUGGAUCUGCACUAGUCAAUGAGAUAAAAAGGCUUCACAUACAGAUGAUUAGAGAAUCAGAGGAUGGGGAAGGAAUUAGCAAAAUACAACUUACGCUUCAUUAAAUUAUCAUUAAGUUUAUCUCUUUCGAGUUGGGGUGUUCUGUACUCUAUUUAUAUCAAUUAUUGUGUCCCCCCCUUCCCCCCUUUUUGAUACAAAAUUGACAUUCAUAUGUAUUUUUCUUAAGAUGGGAGAGGCAUGUAAAAUUUUAUGUUGAGGAUAUUAAUGCUGUUAUUUUGAAGUACCCUACUUACAUGGAGCAGAUGAUUCUACUGCUCACAAUGAUAAAAGUGUUUUUCUUUGAAA